AUGCCUCGUGAAGCUCGUCAUCGGGUGUUUGAAUUUAUGCUCGCUUGUAUUACUGGUCAAUAUGAUGAACUUGGUAUGGCAAGAGUUACCUUUUAUAACUCUUUACGAGAUUAUGACAACUGGGACGAUUUUUAUGACAUGUAUCGUGUGUUAUAUGCUCUUUGCAAAGGUGGUCGCGAUAUAUCUGGUUUCGAAAAAAACAUCAACAAACUUCUUAUCAACUGGCUAGAUAUGACUUUGAAACGUGUAUCUCACUUUCCCCAUCCACCCGCAAGAAUCAAACCAACGGUUAUUCCUUAUCUCAGUGAUAUCUUACAUCUUUUGACGUCAAUUGCCAAAUUCAACUUUGCCUUGUUUGAAGAAUCUGAAGUCACUCAAAUGGUAAUUGCUACUCAACAAGCUUUUUAUGCAUCCAAUCAUCCAGAUGAUAUCACUACAUGCUUGUCGUUUUGUGAUGUUGUCGUACGCUAUCGAUUCGUUCCUUUUGAUGCUCUGAAACCUUUUUUGGGAAUCAUUUGUGGUGCGGUGACUCUUCCAAAAGAUGCUUUGUCUGAAGCUUCUAUAUCUUAUUGGUCCAUCUUUCUCAAUCUAUUACGAUCUCACUGUGCGCACAAUGCAAUUUUGACUUUAUGCAACUUUAUGGAAGAACGUUUGGAUCCUGGUUCAAGUGCAGAAAAUUUGGCUGAAGGUGCUAUUACAUUACUUACCGAAACGGCAUGGGGUGGUACUCAUCAUCAACCAACUGGGGCAGAAGCAUACAAGGUCUCGGAUACAGUCUUACUUCUCUACUUUUUACGGGCUGUUCAACAAGGCGGAAGGAACAAUGGUGUUAUCCAUGCAUGUAUAUUGAAAAGCUUGACAGAUUUGGUGGCGGAUCCUGAUAAAGUCAAUAUUGGAUUGAUGGACUGGGAUGUGAUAUGGGAUAUCUGUGAUAUUUGUACCACUUUUGUGCUUGGAAUCAUGGAUGACUCUCAGAAACGUGUACUACAAAAUCAACUACCGGAUCAUCAUAUUGGAACUACGGAUGGAAACAACAACUGUGCUGAAACUGGUGAUCUGACAUACAAUGCUGUUCAUCAACUAGGGCGGUUCUUAGGAAGAAUUUACAAGUUGUAUUUGACCAAACAAUUCAAAGGACCUGUAGGAAGAUUCAUGCAUGUUUUAUACGGUUUACGUCGAUACGCUUCAGAAUCAUCAGCUACUAUUUUGUUAGAUUAUUACGAAAUGGAACAUCAUUUUUUGCCUUCAUCGGAAAACUGGAUCGAACUUUUAUUGGAAAUCACGAAUACCUUCUUUUUAUCACCACCUUCAAGGACAACAACAGCCAUUCGAUCGAGGGUAUUGACUAUUGUGGCGGAUGUUUGUUUGGCAGUCAAAGAUUUUUAUUCUGAAGAUAUGUAUCAACAAAUCGUUACACCUAUGAUGGAACACAUGGCUCAAGAAAAAGAAAGUCUUGUACAACAAAAAGCAAUUGAUCUUUUGGUGGAAUGCUUAUCGGAUUGUCAGAAUGAAAUGAUUUUUGAUACGAUGCUUGGAAUAUUGAAGGAUUGCUCUCGUUGUCGAUGUACCGCUUCUGAUCAACACGCUACUACAACUACUACCUCUACGACAACGACUCCUUCGAUUCAUGGUCAAUGUACUGGUAUCCCUGGUAUGUGUGGUAUUAUUGAUCUGUUUGAACAGUUACUACGAAACAAUCAGAAGAAAAUGUGCGUCAAGGUGUAUAAUGUUAUUACUCAAAUUGCUAAUGAUACUGGUGGACUCUUUUGCCCAUUUGGUGGUCCAAAAUUGAUUGCGGUGGAUCUUUUAUUACGGCUUCGGUGUUCUACAAAUCAUCGCAUAUUUGUAAUCGAAAAAGUACCUGUCACUGAAGAGAAUAAUUAUGUAUUGGCAAUUCGAAAAGCUUAUGAUGACCGAAAAAGCAGCAUUCAACAAGAACGUGAAAGUGGACCCUAUGGAUCAAUUAUCUCUCGACCUAGCGCUGGCAAGAAAAGAUAUGGUCAAUCUAGUCCAGCAAUAUUAUCAUACAAGGAACAUGAAAAUUCUGGUGGUGUGGUAUUGAAUAUUAACGACAUGAUCAAGGGCUAUAUCUCUGUAUUGUCUGAUUCUCCAAACUGGGAACUAGUGGCUUUUGUUGUGAGACGCUUACCUUGGCAAUUAGCAACGAAACAUAUGUUCUGUGGUGCAAGGACAUUUAUACGUAAACUUCAUCGUGCCUUGGUGAAAUGGAUUAGCUCUCGAAACUUUUUGAAGCAAGUGACUCAUAUUCCUCCUACUGUCAAGCGAAAUGAUUUGAAUGUCUAUGCCUAUCAAAUACUUACAGUUCUUAUCUCAUAUCGACGAUUAUUCAAGAAACAUGCUCAAGAUGAAAUGGUCUAUGCUUUUUACGUUGGUAUUACUCAAGUCACUGCGGCAACAAAACCUUGUAUCAAUGCUCUAACGAUCUGUUGUCACGAACUACCAUUAUCUGUUGCCAAGAUGCUCAAUGAAAUCCUACAAAGAAUGUCUCAAAUUAUUUCUGUUGGUAGUGUAUCGGUACAUAUCCUGGAAUUCUUAUCUGGUCUUGCUCGUCUCCCUAUUUUGUAUUCAAACUUUACUGGUGAUAUGUACAAGCCUGUGUUUGCCAUUGCACUUAAUUAUCUUCAACAUGCACGAUCUGUUACAGCAAGUAGUGGAACCAGCAACAGCGCUAUGGGAUCACAAACAUCACCUUCUUCUACACCUGGAAUGACUGUUUCACCAUCCUUUACCUCUCCAGCUACUCAACAAGGUGCAAUGUCUCAAUAUGUUUUGAUUAUGGCAUAUCUAGUGAUCACAGUAUGGUUUACAGCAAUCCCUUUACGCGAACGACGCAAGCAUGUCCCAUUCAUCAUUCAACGACUAUUAGCAGGCACUCCAGCAGAUGAACAAACAUUUACCUGUAUCGAUAUGCUCUCUCGUUUUACUUUUGCUGAUGCAAGUCUGUCACCCCACAAAUCUUUGGUAUCGAAAAUUCUUAUGGACAAUACGGAUGAUACUACUAUAGGACAAGGAAAAUCAACUAGUAGCAGAGAUACUCGAACUUGGGUUUAUGGACAUACGUUACUCACUCUCAAAACUGCGAAAGCACUUGGAUGGGUUGAAAUGACUAUUCGGCGACCUUCUGGUACAGUAUCUAUGAUGUGCAACAUUGAAAAUACAAUCAAAUCGGACGACAUUGACUACAAGACGCUACCAGCAUUACUGAUGAUGCAAUACCAACCUGAUUUGAUGGCCCAUCGUUUAUUGAGCGAAACAGAAAUUACUCGACAGGACAACACAAAUGCGGAUACAAUAGCAGAACGAAUUCAUACAAUUGUACGUGAUAUUUUAUCUGAUCAACAAGGUGAACAUGGUGUUUCCCAGCAAUCAAGAAAUUUAUUACGAAAAAUGGAACCUUCAUUGGAUCCUGGCUUUUUAUACCUUCAGUUGAAUAACUAUCCUGAUUUGACUGGUUCUUUGGAAAUGUUACCUCCUUUACCUGAUGAUGAAGCAAAUAUACGAGCAAUUGGAAAUCUGGAUCGAAUUCCUGUAGUGGAUUUUCACAAAAUUGGUGUGUUAUAUGUGGGCAAAGGACAAAAACAAGAAGUGGAAAUUCUUGCCAACACUCGAGGAUCACCUGAUUAUGUCAAAUUUUUGAAUGAAUUGGGAACAAUAGAACGUCUUCGUGGACGUGCUGGAAAUACCGGUGGACUUGAUCGUGAAAUGGAUAUUGACGGUGCUUAUGCUUACUUUUGGAAGGAUGAUGUGACGGAAAUGGUAUUUCAUGUGGCGACAAUGAUGCCUACUCAUCUGGAUCGGGAUCCUCGUUGUAGUGGAAAAAAACGACAUAUUGGUAAUGACUUUGUGACCAUUGUAUACUUUGACAACGAUGAUAUGGCGGCAGAAUAUGCUUUCGAUACACUUCCUGGACAAUUCAACUUUAUCAAUAUUGUCGUCACACCUUAUUCAAUGUCAACCGAAACAUCAUUACCAUCACGCGCCAUGUGGGGUCAAGAAAAUACUUUCUUCAAAGUGACUAUGCAAAAACGACCUGACAUGCCGGACAUGGGACCCAUCAGCGAAUCCAAACUUAUCUCUGCUCAAUCAUUACCAGGUUUUGUACGUCAAGUCAGUCUUCAUGCCAACAUCUUUGCGCAAAUUUUCCAUCGGUUCGGUGCAGGUGGAAAACAAGAGUAUGUAUCACAUUGGCGGGAACGAUUACGGCAUAUCCGACGGAUCAAAGAUCGUGUAUUGCAACAGCAACAAUCACAGCAGCAACAAUCAUCAGCAGUGAAUACAACAGCAGUUGCAGCAACUACAUCUACUACUACAUCGACAAGUAACGCAUCGACUGUGAUACCUUCUGGUACAGCUGGUGGAUCAACAACAACAUCGACACCCAAUAUUAACAGUUCAUCGAUACUCACACCUACAAAUUUGAAUGGUAUUAUAUCAUCAGCACCUCCAAAUUCAUCUUCAGCAUCCAAUUCUACAUCUACAACUCCUAUUCUUAUGUCUAUGAAUACAUCAAAACCUCAUUUGGAAAGUCUCUUUGAUUUUACUCGAUAUACCUGA